AUGACUCAAAGCAAAAGAAUUGAAGAUUUAAGAUCAACGAUGUUGUCUUAUGAGACGGGAAUAGAUCCGGAAGGCAAUUCAAAGGCUGUAGUGGUCAAACACAUUCCCUUCGGAUUCUUCGAGAAGGAGUUGUUGAAUUAUUUUUUGCAAUUCGGUACUGUUCAACGAACCGGAAAUCAUAAAGGAUGGGCUUUUGUACUUUUCACAAAUUAUGAAGUAGCACAAUUGGCAGCUGAGGCUAUGGAUGGUUAUCUGAUGUUCGAAAAACGACUUGAAUGCAAAGUAAUAAAAAAUAAAGAUUUCCCAUCCUGCUUACGUAAAGGACCACGAAUAAUUCCACCACCGUUAAAAAAUGCUACUAGGAAACGCCAUGCUAAGAAACUGAAUAAGAUACAAAGUGGAUGGUGUGAAGAAGCAGCAAAAAAACGACUACUGAAGAACAUAGAAAUUAGGGGAAGUGAAUUUGCUAAACUCGGUUAUCAACUGCCACCCAUUGUCGGACUGUCGGAAACGAAACAAGUUAUGCCAGUGAUUAAUAAAAGAAGCCCUGUGAAAGCUGAAGUAAUAAAAUCAGAUGAUGCAAAAAAUCAGGUUCAGGCAAGCGAUCCAAAAAAUUGA